AUGGCAUCUGCCACCAGCAAGAUUGGCCAGGAUGUUCUUGAACAGGUCCCCAAAUUGUUGGAGGAUCCAAAUGAAGAUACAGAAUGGAAUGACAUUUUAAGAGAUUUCGGGAUUCUGCCUCCAAAAGAGGAAGUUAAGGAUGAAAUUGAAGAAAUGGUUUUACGGUUACAAAAGAAAGCAGAAGUGAAGCCUUAUGAAAAAAUGAAUUUGAAGCAACUGAAAGAGGCAGAAGAUGAUUUUGAUGAGGAAGAUUUAAAAGCCGUUGAAAUGUACAGGAAACAACGCUUAGCGGAACUAAAAGCUCUACAAAAGAGACAAAGAUUUGGAGAACUGAAUGAAAUUUCUGGGGAUCAAUACGUGAAGGAAGUCACAAAUGCGCCAAAGGAUGUGUGGGUUGUCAUCCAUCUGUAUAAUGCAAGUAUUCCAAUGUGUGUAUUGGUUAACAGACACCUGAGUCUACUGGCCAUAAAAUUCCCAGAAACUAAGUUUGUGAAAGCCAUUGCCAAGAGCUGUAUUGAAAAUUAUCAUGAUAAUUGCUUGCCUACAAUAUUUGUCUAUAAGGAUGGUAAAAUUGAAGGCAAGUUAAUUGGAGUUGUGGAGUUUGGCGGAACAGGACUUACGGUAGAAGAUCUUGAAUGGAAGUUGGCAGAAUUUGGUGCUGUAAAAACGGAUUUAGAAGAAAACCCCAGAAAAGGUAUUAGGGACAUGAUGAUGUCCUCUCUUAGAAAGGCUUCUAUAGACGAUAAUUAGAGUAUGAAGAGACAAAUGCUACUAUAUCUAUGUGGUCAAAUUAGUUUGCAAUUGUACCAUCUGCUGUAUUGUCAACACUCAAAUAUUACAAAGGCUUUCCGCACCCAUCCAAAAUUUGGUGUUCUACCCUCAUUCUACUCUUGGAUGAACAAAUAUCCCUAUGUUUUGCCUGCUGGAUUUUACUCUAGUGAGAUUGUUUAGUACUGUAGCCUGUUUGUCAACAACUGCAUU